AUAUCGCAUCGAUACGCUGGCAGGCGAAUACCACUCUCGAGCUUCAUACACCUUUUUACUAGAGCAACAAGCUUUGCCGUACGCAUUCAGGGUUCCAUAGUCUUCAUCUCUGCUUAAAUUUUACAAAUUUCAAAAAAAUGGUGCACCGUAAUGUUCAGAACACCCACCGUCCCACCAAGUCUUCAUUGACUUUGGUCAUCAAGGUUGGCACAUCAUCCAUCUGUGACGAAAAAACCCAUUUCCCACUUCUUGGAAAUUUGUCAAUGAUCGUGGAAACCAUCAUCAAGCUCAAGAGCCUUGGUCAUCGCGUGGUCCUUGUUACCAGCGCAGCCGUAGGUACCGGUCUUCGAAGACUUAAUAUGCCUUCUAAGCCUUCCAAGUUGGCUUCAGUUCAGGCCAUCGCUGCUGUAGGCCAAGGCCGUCUUAUGGCAAUCUACGAUGAUCUCUUCGGACAAUUCAACCAAGCCGUUGCUCAGAUUCUAUUGACCAGAAAUGAUUUGGCCGACCGCUCUCAAUAUCUAAAUGCAGUCAAUUGCCUGGAAGAACUUCUUGAUAUGGGAGUAGUUCCCAUCGUCAAUGAAAACGAUACUAUUUCUGUAUCCGAAAUUCGUUUCGGUGACAAUGAUACCCUCUCCGCUAUUACUGCAGGAAUGGUCAAGGCUGAUUACCUUUUCCUCAUGACGGACGUAGAUUGCCUCUACUCCGAUAACCCUAGAACAAAUCCUCAAGCUGCUCCUGUCAGAGUCUGUGACGACAUUGAGGGUUUAAGAGAAAGCAUCACUGUUACGUCUCCUGGUUCUUCUCUGGGUACUGGCGGCAUGGUUACCAAACUUAUUGCUGCUGAUCUUGCUACUGCUGCUGGAGUAACCACCAUCAUCACCCGUGGUUCCAAGCCCGAUAACAUCACCCAAAUCAUUUCCGAUGCGGAUAAUGCUCCUCUCCAUACACGCUUCGUUGCCAAGAAGACUCCAUUGAUGGACCGCAAAUGGUGGAUUCUCCAUGGUCUCCAUACCGCCGGAACCAUCUACGUUGAGGAACCCGCUGCCAAAGACAUUAUCGGCAGUAAGAACUCAAGUCUCACUGCUGCAGGCGUUGUCAAAGUGGCUGGACAUUUCGUCUCCAAUCAAUCGGCAAAUAUUGUCGUUGAGAGAAUGAACUCUGACGGUGAAUUGGAAGAAGUUACGGUUGCUAAAGGAAUCGUAAACUAUUCCAGCCAAGAAAUCGAACGCAUUAUGCGCUGUGACCCUGAAGACGUCUCCAAGAUUUUGGGUUAUGAAGACUCUGAUUAUGUCAUAAAUAGAGACAACAUGGCCAUUGUUAUUUAACUUUGGUUAGUUUUAGACUUUUUGUCCUUUUUGUAUUCCCUUCCCUCUUUUGCAUUUGCUUUAUUUCCAUUCGCCCACUUGCUUCUACUAUAUUACCAUUUUCAUGUUUCAUGUUUAUCACCCCAGCCCUUUAAACCUUUUGCAUUUUGAUAAUUGAAAAAACACAAAUACAUCCUUUGGUUUUGAGCCAUAUCGUCUCAUAUUAUUUCUUGCGCUUUGUGAUGUAGUCGUUCCUAUCCCAAUGAACUACGAAGCUAUGAAUCGCU